GGUGACCAGAGACGUUGUUCCUUCUUUGCCCUAGUGAUCCUGCCCGCCGUCUCUCGCUCUUCCUCUCGUCCCCUCACUGCAGCCAUAUCAACAACCUCCAUCCUCGCCGUCCAUCUGUUCAGCAAGAGGAAGGAAAAAAAAGCCCAAAGCAAGGGAGGCGUCGAGAUGGCCACCGCCUGGCUGCGCCGAGUGCGGCGCCUCAACGCCCACAACCUGACGACCUUCCGGGAUGCGCCCCUGGCCGAGAUAUCCGGCUCGCUGGGCGACUUGGGCACGCUGCUGCCCCUGAUGAUUGCCCUCGCGGCCAAGGGGUACAUUGACCUGGGCUCGACGCUGGUCUUUUCGGGCUUCUUCAAUGUCCUCACCGGCGUCGUCUUUGGCAUUCCCUUGCCUGUGCAGCCCAUGAAGGCCAUCGCCGCAGCUGCCAUCUCGGCACGCGAGAAUCCCUCCAUGGGCGUCGUCGUCGCUGCCGGGCAAUGGGUCGGCGCAGCAGUCCUCGUCAUGAGCAUCACGGGCCUGCUGCGGAGGGCCGUGGCCUUUGUGCCCAUCCCCGUCGUCAAGGGCAUCCAACUCGGGGCGGGACUCUCCCUCAUCAUCGGCGCUGGCUCGUCGCUGCUGCAGCCUCUUGGCUGGAUCCAUCCCGUGCUGGACAACCGCUUCUGGGCCCUGGCGGCCUUCCUCGUCCUCAUCCUGACGCAGAACAUGCCUCGCUUCCCGUACGCCCUGAGCUUCUUCCUCCUAUCUCUGGUGCUGGCCCUCGUUCAGGUGUCACUCUCUCACCAGAGCUUGCCUUGGUUCCACGUCUGGCAACCACACUUUGUCCUCCCCUCGUGGAUCGGUAACGGAGACGCCCCGGCGUUGUGGAUGGCGAUAGGGCAGCUUCCACUGACGACUCUAAACUCCAUCAUCGCGGUGAGCGCGCUGGCCGCCGAUCUGCUGCCCGACCUGCCCACACCCUCUGUCACCUCGAUAGGACUGAGCGUGGCACUCAUGAACCUCACCGGAACAUGGUUCGGAGCCAUGCCGGUCUGCCACGGCGCCGGAGGACUGGCCGCCCAGUUCCGCUUCGGCGCACGCAGCGGAGCCAGCGUGAUCCUGCUGGGCCUCUUGAAGAUUGCUUUGGGGCUCCUGUUUGGGGAGACGCUCGUCAACUUGCUGAAGCAGUACCCAAAGGGCUUGCUCGGCGUCAUGGUGGUGGCUGCUGGGCUGGAGCUGGCCAAGGUUGGCCACACGCUGAACCAGGGUGCUCCUGAUCUGUGGCACGUGUCUGUUGGCCAGGGCCGUACGGAGGGCUUGAGGGAGCAUCGGCAUCUCUCAGACGAAGAACGCCUGGAGCGAUGGACGGUCAUGCUGGUGACGACAGCUGGCCUUCUCGCGUUCAGGAACGACGCGGUUGGCUUCCUGGCCGGCAUGCUUUGUCACAGCUCGUAUCGGCUGUCUGAG